AUGCUGGUGAAUAAGGAGAAAAACUUUCAUGUGGUGGACAUAGAGAACAAUGGUUGUCACCGGAGUCAUCCUGAGGAUGACUCCGAUGACAGGUCAGAUGAGGAGCAAGUGAAUAGGUCAGAGAUUGUGGGAGUGGAUGAAAAACAAAGGGGUUCUGUUGAUUCAUCUGAAUCAGUUGAAUCUGUUGAGUUGGAUCUGGAUGGUGUAGUUGGUUCUGAUGUUGAUGUUAAGGUGCAUUUGGAUAAGGUGGAGAGAGAUUGUAGGAUUUGUCAUCUUAGUAUGGAUAUGACAAAUCAUGAAUCUGGAGUUCCUAUUGAGCUUGGAUGUUCUUGUAAAGAGGAUUUGGCUGCUGCUCAUACACAUUGUGCUGAGGCUUGGUUCAAGAUUAAGGGAAACAAAACUUGUGAAAUAUGUGGCUCAAUAGCGCACAAUGUAGCUGGUGCUUUUGAAGUUCAAACGACAGAACAAUUGAAUGAAGCAAGUGAUCCCUCUAUUGGACCACCAUCGGGACCUUCACCGCCAAUCGAAACUCGAAACUUUUGGCAGGGACACCGGUUUUUGAACUUCCUUCUAGCAUGUAUGGUUUUUGCUUUUGUUAUAUCAUGGCUUUUUCACUUUAAUGUUCCCUCUUGA